UUUUUCGUCUUGCACGAGCACUAUAACGUGCACUUCGACGCCGACGACGAGGACGGGGGCAUCAAAAAGUGGGGCUCACUGGAUCUCACGGUGGCGAGCGAGGAGAUCUGCAGGACUGCAACAAGCAACACAGGAAAAGGACGCGGUCUCAUCGCACAGGGAGACGCCCAUAGUUCGCCUCGAGGCAAUUUCCGCAAUCGUCCAUUGGCUCUCUAGAUUCCUUCUUAUUAACGUCGGUAAGCCCGUUCUGGUCCCGUCGUUUGGCUCCCAUGCUUACUGCUUCUAUGCGUCCUCCCAGCGGUGGCUGGUACACUCGUCCACAAUAUUCAAUGCAACGUCGAGGACGCUCAAGACAAGUAUCCGCCGCUGCACUCGCUCGCCAGGCCUCAGAGGAGCGCAGGGCCACACUCCUCAGCGAGAAGCACUGCAUAUGGGAGGAACAUACCCAAUCCUCCACGUUACCCACCGGGGAUCACCCAUGUCAUACCCCAACGCAACAACAGGCACCCCUUGACACGCAAGGCAGUCUUACUGCCCCACAAAUCCCCUCCAGGUCUCCUUCGCCCGUUGCAGCCCCUUCCCCAGAACCAUCCACCUCAUCGUCAUCCUCCAUGUCCACCGACCUUUACGAGUACUCUCCACCUUCUCCGCCGUGCUUGCUUGAAGACCAAAUUCAGGUAGCAUACGCCCUUGACGACAUUCGUCUCGCCAAGAUCCUCCUUCUCAAGCUCAAGGGCAUCGAGGUCACCUCUGACACCGACCCACGCAUCGAUGAGGUCCGUGACGAGGACUUUGACAUCUGCUUCGCCCCUUCUGGACCACUCAAGCUGGACGAGGAAGACCAGCGUCGCAUGGAGGAGAACCAGAGGCAGCAGCAGCGGGACUGGGAAGAGCAUCAGAGAAUGCAGAGGCUCAUGACGUGCGGUCGGAAAUGGGAGAGUGAGACCUUCCGUUUCCACAACGAUCGGCUCCGGGCUAUUCAGAGACGUGAAGAGGCACGAGCAGUAGCAGAGGAAAGACGACGAGCAGAGAUGGCCAUGCGUCAGCGACAGGCAGAACAGGCCUCGCGGCGUCGUUACCAGCAGUGUGUCAAACGCGAAACAGAGCCUUUUCAGUAUUCAUUCAUGGCUCCAACUCCGUCCAGUGCUCGUGGUCAUAUCAGAAGCAAUUCGGCUGCCGAACGUGUCGAGAAGGCCACCAAGUUGUUCCAGUCUUCCGUCAACACGAGCCGUCGAGUGUCCUUCCAGGAUGUUGUCCACAGCAUGGAGGGCAGCCUGUUUCCGUUGGACCCUGCCGAGCGGAUAGAGCAGAACAGGCGACUCUCGGGUGCAAGCACCGUCACCAGUGCCACGCGUCAAGGUCGCAAGAGCGUAGUCUGCACAGAGCUCUUGGAUACCCUGCUCAAGGUCGUCGAGUGGGAGGAUGGUGAGAGAAGAAGAAUGAAGGGCAAGGGAAAGGACGGGGGAAACCGUCCGAUUCCCGGAAAGGUGACACGCACCAACUCGACGCCUGUCUGCUCUAUAUGCGCCUCCUCUUUCUCGGAGUCCGGCACGAGCAGCUCUGCCACGACACGGUCUGAAAGCUCGUGGUUUUCGUUCGGCUCACCUCGCUCGCGGACCUCUAUUUCUACUGCCGCUACAACCCCCGCGACGUCCCCUACCCCCUCUAUGAGGCCAUCCUUUUCGAAGAUGGCAUCACAGUUGACCGCGCCUGCGCCGCUAGUCUCCAUACCCGAGAUCAUGCCAUGCCGCCACUACGUCGGAAAGGCACUCGUGGCGGUCCCUCUUCAGGAUAGUCCUCUAGCGCCCGAGGAACCGAAACGGCAGAUCGCCGACGCCACCUCUCAUUGUUCAGCUUUGGGUGCCGAGUCGCUGCACCCGGACUUCGCGGUGUCGGCAUCGGUCCGAGGCAAGACGUUUGCUCGACGUUUCAGCGACUCUGUCCUCAGCUUUGUAAAUGCCGCUUGUGGCCUUCAGACUGCAUACAUAGCUGCUAUCUCGAUCGGAGCAUCUUCAGAUCCUUUCGCUGAGGACAACGAUGACUCUCAGGUGGUGCCUGCAAUGAAGCCGCGUGUGGAAGGAUAUCGUGCUCUCGCAUGCGACGUGAAGACGUUCACCGCUCCUGCCCCUAUCACCGAAGUCGUCGAGGAGACAUUCGACUCCAUCGCACUUGUUUCUCCUUUCCCUCCCCCGGCCCCCGCAUGGAAUCCGCCACCGUCCCAGCGCUGCUCGCCGCAUUCGCCCAUCAUCCUCUCACCACUUCGCUCCCGCACGCCCCCUCCCGAACUCGUGUUCCGCAUGAGGCCGAUCGCGAACCCCGCUCUGCUCCGCCUGAAGGCGCUGCAGAACAUCAUGUGCUCGCAUGGCCUCCCGUGGGAGGGUCGCGGUCGUGACGGCGGCAUGAGCUGUGGCCGAGACCGCCUCUACAGCAUGGCGUUCGAAGGCCGUGGCCGCAGCCAGCUGGGCUGCGAGGUCCAGCUCAUCGUGGCGUAGUCUCCUCCCCCCUUCCUCUUUUUUUCCCCCAGAUCCCUGCAUCAAUCAUUCGGCACUUGGGCAUAUGCAACUACUCUCAACCGCUUAUAAUGGGCCUCCCUAUGCAACUCCCUAAUCCUAACUUUAUGGGCUUUAUGCUUUUAUCUAUGCGCUUGCUUGUACGAUCACGAUACGACGUGGCUUCUGCAUUUUUGGGUUCGAAAGGGGAGAGAAAGGGAUUCUUGUCCCUUUUUUGUUCUUCUUUUCCUGGCUGGGAGUGGUAGUAGUAAUUGUUGUUCCUGGCUUUGGUUUUGGUUUUCCCCUUUCUGUUGUUUGUUGUUCCCGUUUCUGCCUGAGAGAUGAUGACUACGUGUAUCUAUAACACCUUCCAUCCUUGCACAUUGAUACCCCCCUGCCUCGUACAUACAUACCUUGUUCAUCUUGCCUCC